AUGUUGGUAGAUCCUUCGUUUCCGUUCUUAGCUCUUCAUCUUCUACUGCUUGGACUUGUUCUGGAUGCAGUGCGACAGCUGCAUCUUCUCGACUGUCGUUUAGCUUGGUUUCAAGCAACUGAAUUGGAACCCUGUAACGCCGCCUCAAUCCCGUCUUCAAUCAACAACUCAUCCACUUCUGUAGGGGUCACCUUCGUUGUCUUCAGCAAUUCCUCGAUCUCCGUGAACCGUGGCUGCUCUGUUAUCCCGAGGAACACAAGUGAUCUGUCCAUGAUGAACGGCUCUAGUGAUAACCAUCCGGGUGACCAACCACCAAAUUUGCAAAUGCAAGCCAUUACACGUGAGAUACAAAGGAUGAUAAGGGCUGAACUUGAGACUCUACAUUCUAGAAUGGAUAAGAUUGAAGGAGAAUCCCAAAUGCAUCAUAAUGAAGAGAUUAAUGAUGAAAACGAAAUUGACCAACCUCUAAGACCAAAUCAGAGACAUGGACGUACACUUGAUGAUAAUUUGGCUAAUAUAAAAGUUGCGAUUCCAUCUUUUCAGGGACGAACAGAUCCCGAUGCAUAUUUGGCAUGGGAGAGUAAAGUUGAGCAUGUUUUUGAGUGUUAUAAUUACUCGGAACAAAAGAAGGUUCGUUUGGCAGCAAUGGAGUUUGUUGAUUACGCUCUCAUUUGGUGGGAUCAAUUGCUGAUCAGUAGACGAAGAACCGGUGAGGGUCCAAUAAACAAAUGGACAGAAAUGAAGCGAAUCAUGAGGAAAUGGUUUGUUCCAUUUCAUUAUCAACGUGAUUUAUUUCAGAAGUUACAAAACUUGAAACAGGGUAAUCAAAGUGUUGAAGAUUAUUUCAAGGAAAUGGAAAUGGCCAUGAUGCGUGCAAACAUGGAGGAAGAUAAAGAAGCAACUAUGACACGUUUUCUUGCAGGGUUAAAUUUUGAAAUUGCUAACGUUGUUGAGUUACAGUAUUAUGUCGAGUUGGAUGACAUGGUGCAUAUGUCCAUCAAAAUUGAAAGACAACAGCGUAGAAAGUCUUCUUACCGAGGUAAUACUCCUUCUAAAGUUUCCUUUAAUCCAUCUGUUACUCCUAAUAAUGUUAGGAAGCAAGCACCAUUUAAGAUUAAGGAAAGAGCAGAAACGAGUAGUCCAAAACCUCCCAUUGUUGAAAAUAGACGUGGAAAGCAACAGAUACAAACAGAACGCACAAGAGACAUCCAAUGUUUCAAAUGCCUUGGUAGAGGGCAUGUUGUAAGUCAGUGUCCUAACCGAAGGACAAUGAUGACACGAGUGAAUGGGGAAAUAGAGUCCGAAUCUGACAAUGAUGAGCAAGACACCCCCUUGGUGGACGAUGAUGAAGAUGACGACCAAGUACAGACUUAUGCAACUGGAGAAGCACUUGUGGUUAAAAGAAGCUUGAAUGCACAACCAAUCCGAGAUGAGCAACAGCGUGAGAACAUCUUUCACACAAGAUGUCUUGUGAAUGACAAGGUAUGUGUUGUGAUUAUUGAUAGCGGUAGUUGUACUAACGUUGCAAGUACUGUUAUGGUUGACAAACUAGGUCUGAAGACGACAAAGCAUCCCAAUCCAUACAAACUACAAUGGUUAAAUGAUGCUGGAGAAUUAAGGGUCACCAGACAAGUUCUUGUACCAUUUUCCAUUGGAAAAUACAAGGAUGAAGUAAUGUGUGACGUUGUGUCGAUGGAUGCCACUCAUUUAUUAUUGGGACGUCCAUGGCAGUUUGACAAGAAGGUAAUGCAUGAUGGUUUCACAAAUAGAUAUUCGUUUGUGAAUGCAGGAAAACAAAUUACCUUAGCCCCUUUGACACCAAGUCAAGUACAAGAAGAUCAAGUUCAUCUGAAGAAGAACAACGAAGAAGCAAAGGGGAAGAAAAAGAUAAACGUUUAUGCGAGCAGAAAAGAAAUCAGGAAAUGUCUUUCCUCUCAACAAUCUUUACUCAUUUUAAUGUAUAAAGAGCAUUGUUUGUUGGCUGAAAUUCCCCCUGAUUUACCUAUAUCUAUUGCAUCUCUUUUGCAAGAUUUUGAAGAUGUGUUUCCUGAAGAAAUCCCAGAUGGAUUACCACCAAUUAGAGGAAUUGAACAUCAAAUUGAUUUCAUUCUUGGAGCUACCAUUCCAAAUAGACCAGCCUAUCGGAGUAAUCCCGAUAAAACAAAGGAGUUACAGAAACAAGUCAAAGUGUUGUUGCACAAAGGAUACAUUCAAGAAAGUUUAAGUCCUUGUGCUAUCACUAUCAAAUAUAAGCAUCCUAUACCUCGAUUGGAUGAUAUGCUUGAUGAACUUAAUGGAGCCAACAUAUUCUCCAAAAUUGAUUUGAAAAGCGGCUACCAUCAGAUUAGGAUGAAGGAAGGAGAUGAGUGGAAAACCGCAUUUAAGACAAAACAAGGUUUCAUUGUUAGUUCACAGGGACUAGCAGUUGAUCCGGAAAAGAUUAAGGCAAUUCAAGAAUGGCUAGAACCAGUCAACGUAAGUCAAGUUCGAAGCUUUCAUGGAUUAGCCAAACAAGAUGAAGCAUUUAAGGAACUCAAGGAUUAUUUGACAAAGGCUCCCUUAUUAGCCUUGCCAAACUUUGAGAAGACAUUUGAAGUUGAAUGUGACGCCUCCGGAAUUGGGAUUGGUGCUGUUUUGAGUCAAGAAGGAAAACCAAUCGCUUACUUUAGAGAAAAGCUAAAUGAUGCAACUUUGAAUUAUCCCGUCUAUGACAAGGAGAUGUAUGCACUCAUUCGAACAUUAAAGACUUGA